AUGAGCGACGGAAAUGUGAGAGUUAAAGAAUAUUCGAGUUUUACGGAAGAUCGUACAUAACUGAACUCCACAGUUGAAAACUCUACAGUGAUGGUAACGAACAUUGAUCAAGAUAAAUUUAUUUAUAAUUUUACGGACAUCGCCCUCCCAGAAGAAGUCGUUAAAACACUGAGACUGGAGCCGAAGUUUGGGUUGCCUCUGGAGAAGAGGACUGCAGUUAUCCCAACGAUAAUAAAGGACAUAUAG